AUGAAGAUCGACUUUUUCUCGGCUCUUUCUAGGCCCGAAUAUGAGUGCCUAGAGUUUCACGAUGAAACCGAACUCGGUGAUCAACAGAGGCAAGAGGUAUUUCAAAGUGUACGCAAAUAUCUGUUCCUCUUGCUUGAAGAUAUAGGACAUCAGCACCAGUCCAUAACAGCCGACGAACGUCUACACUAUGACCUCCAUAAUUGGGUCCAAGAGCAUCUGGCACACCUAUUCCCCGACAAGCGUCAGGCUCUAGAAGCAAUAGUUCACACUUCUGAACAAGUUGGCGAAUACUUCUAUGCUCAUUGCUCGCAUGAGACAAAGCUAGUUAUGGCCAUCACUACUCUCAUCCUGUUCGCAAGCGAUGACGACUCUCUCCUCAGUCCAGAUGAGCGCAAUCGCGUAUCCUCCUUUUCCUGUAAUGACGGCCAAAGUCUACCGGAUGCCAGCCCUUGGACAGCGGUCCUUACGCACGGGUUACAAUUGGGUGCUGAAUACUUCGGGUCCCAAGACUCCCUGGUCGGCAGCCUUUCAGCGAAUGCUAUUCGUGGGUUCACGGAGGCAUGUACCAUGGAGUUCCGCAUGGAGCAGGGGAACUUGCCCGCUCAUCUGGCAGCACAUGGACAGCCACAUCCAAGCUCCGAGUGGUGUGCGGCCGAAGCAUUCCCAGGGUAUCUUCGUUCGAUGAGUGGCAUUUCGUUUCACUAUAUACCUCCUAUAUUCAAGUAUUCUCGCACUGAGGAGGUCCCUUCUCCUUACUGGAUAGCGCUGGCUCCCGUCAUGAGAAACUUCAUUGAUAUACAAACGACCUGCUUUCUUACCCGAAGGAGGUCCUUGCAGGUGAGACACGGAACUAUCUUCUGCUCGCUACAAGGACCAGGAGAGUAG